AUGUCCAACUCGUCCACAAAUACCCAUACAAAAGUAUUCGAUCCAAGAGAAGCAUCAAAAUAUUUAGAAGAACUACAAAAAAAUCACAAACUACUUUCAACAAUCCGUUAUAACCAUGAGUUUGAUUGGAGUAAACACCAAGGUUUAGAACGUGAGGAUGUGAAACUUGUGGUUGAUAGAUGUCCAGUCACAGAAUUAAAGCAACUUUACGAAAAGGCAUUAGAAACAUUAAGCAAUAAUGAUCAAUCAACAUUGCUUGCAUGUGACGACAUCAGUAAUGAUAUGCCUCAAUCAAAUAAAUUAAGAACAUCUUAUGUUUUAUAUGCAGAACGGCAAAAUGAUAAAUAUAAUAUAAUAGCUGCAAGUGCUAUUCAAAAAAAAGAAUUUGAUUGGGAGAAAAUAGCAACAAUGGGUUUCACGACAUUUUUAGGAAGCAUUGGAUUAGGUGCACUAGCUGGAUCAAUAGUUGGGCCAGUGGGUACUGUUGUUGUAGGUCUUGCUGCUGCUGCGGGCUCUGUUGGAAUAGCCAAUAAAGCAUAUCAUGAUUAUCAUCAACAAAUGCCACAAGCUGUUUAUGCUUACAUUUUUCAAGAAUUGAAAGCAAAACGUUUGUUACAAAUCACUGGUAGCAAAGUUAGUUUUGAACAUAUUCAGAAUUAA